CCUCAAGACCUGCUGGCCUGGCUACCUGGGCUAACGGGCGGUUACCAAGGCUAAAAACAAAAUGGCGGUCUGUUGGCCCUUUACUCCUUUUCGUCUUUGUCUAAAUCAGUGAAACAAAAGACUUUUGAAACAACAAAACCUUGAUCAUUCCAAAUAACUGAAGAGAAUGGGGACGCUGGAUGAAGCGCAGAUAGGAAUUUCGACAUUUUUUCCAUCUCCUCACCCUUCUGGCCUGUGUGGCACGAACGGUUUGCCCCUGACUCCAAAUUCCAUCGUGAUCCUGGGUCGAUUUCAAGUCCUGAAGAAUCUUUAUCACGAAAACGUCUGUCAGUACCUGGAUAUUGUCAGGGUAAAAAAUGGUGAGUAAGUUUAACAACCCAACAAUACAAGAAUGUCCUCCGAAAAGCUGCACAGAGCUUCCUAAGGUUAGCGGCAGACAAUAAAACUAUGUUAAGAUUUCCGUAAAGCCCCGUAAAUCUAUUAUGCAUGCAGCAAUCUCAUACUAUUCCAAACAAAUGGAUUGUAGGAAUUUAAGUCGAAACAUGUAUACAUAACAAAUGUAUAGGGCUUAGUGGAAAUCGUACCACACUUCCUUGGGGCCGGGGGUUGGGUGGGGGGGGGCGGUGGGGGGGGGUGUUAGGGUAGGCGGAGGGGGGGUAGGCGUUUCGACUGAUUAGUGUACAAAGAGAUUAGUUCUUCAAUAGAUCAGAUUUCUAAAAAAAUCUGGAACCAUGGAAGAAACAUUAAUAUUCUGGCUUUUUUCUUGUUAUUUUCCCUUUUUUUACAGAAAGGCUCAUUGUUGGAGAAGAGUUCUAUUCCAAUAACUUGAAGACAGCAGUGAAAGGUGGCAAAAUUUUUAAGUAAGUGAUUCUAAACAAGUUGGGGGAGGGGACAGGGGUGUGGGAGCCCAGGAGAAUAGGGGGCACGAGAGGCAGGAGAAGAAUGGGCAGGGGUGGGAGUUCUAAAAGGUGGGAAUUUUUGAGAAAUAGUCAGAAAUUAUGCCACAAUGCUUGAUAUUUUGCAAUCAAAAAGGUCUGAAAAGAGGAAGCCAAGAAAAAAGGGUUGGUAACCGAGAUUGCAAGGUAAAUGGGAGGACUCCCUGUCCCCCCAUAAGAGCUCCCUUAAACUAAUAUGGUAAGUUCUAAAGUUUCUACCAUAAGUAAUAUUUCUUUGUCAAAUCAGUCUUUUCUUUCUUACCAUAUUCUUUAUUAUUUUUCAGUUGGAGUGAUGUCAGACAUAUAGCUUUUGAAAUACUGCAUGGACUAUCUUUCUUAAAUGCACAAGGAAUUGUCCACAGGAAUUUGUCUCCAGUAACCAUCUCUCUUUCACCUAAGGUACUUCUCAUAAGCAUGCAAUUGUGUCUUGUUUAAUCAGUUUCAUUUGAUUGUCUGAAAAUACAUCGUAAGUAGGGUUCAUGUAGCAAAGUUGACGUUACUUUUUCAUCAUAUUACAGGGUCAGGUGAAGUUGUCCAAAAGUGGCCUGUAUUAUAUGACUGGUUUUGGGGAACAUGUUGCAUUUCCAAUAGGGUGAGCUCUAGAGAAUGUUGAAGUUGCCUCAAUUUAGAGCACUGUCCCUAGCAGAAACACCAGCUUUUGUAAAGGUGUCUGGCUCAAAGAUUGAAAAUGACUUGAAAGAUUUUCCUUAUGGUUUGACAAGCUUCUUUCUUUUUUACCGGUGCUGGUUUCACAACUGAAGGUUUUGGAUUGUGUUAAUUAUUUUUAUUAGUCAUUGCUGAGUACUGGUUAGCUCAAAUCACCACCCCUCAGGGUGUUUAAAUUUAACUAAGGUAAAGGAGAUGGUGCUGCCUUUGUUUUGCAUCUGCAAAUGGUUAGAACUUAAAGUCUUUUAUUUAUAGAUAAGGAUGAAAAACUAUAGGUCCCUCCUCACAGCAUUCCCACUAGGGACAAAACAAUCUCUGGCAGUGACCUUGUCUAUCGUCUACCUCAAGUCAACACUUAUAAAAUAAUAUUAUUAUUGGUAUCCACCUCUGUUGUGUUGGCGUUACCAUACCAGUGUCAGUAGUCCAAGUGUUCUAACUAAUACCCUGGUAUCAAGUUAUGUAUUUUCUGGCUUUAUCUAAACAUCAAUUUCUUAUCCAGCUUUCCUGAAUUCAUGGCCCCAGAAGUCAUUUUGUCUGGCCAAGGACGUUCUCCAUUAUUUGGGCCAUCAGGACCAAAGGUGAAAAUAAAUUAAAGUAACUAUGAAUAAUAUAAUACUAAUGCUUCUUUGAUUUGAAUUCUUUUGUAUCUGAAGUUGAGUUGUUCUGCACUGAUGAUCAGGGUAAAUAAAGUGAUAACAUCACACUUACUGAAGAUGUUCAAUCUGUCAGUAGUGAGUAUUGCGUGACUAAAAUGCCUCUAGUCAAAUGUCAGUUUAGAAUGUUUUAGUAUUUCAGACCAAAUUGGUGCACUGGUGACAAUCAUUUUGGCCAGUACAUCUCCAAAAAGCAAACCAAGCGUAUUGACCAUCUGACAAAUCAUAUAUUUGCUCGUGUACUGCUCUGGUAAUUUAUCUAUUAAUUUUUUGUCUUAAAAUUGUUUUAGGUUGAUGUAUGGUCUGUAGGAAUGAUUCUUGUCUAUUUGCUUUUGGUAAGAAUUUGAAAAAAUUCAUUACUACAGUCGAACCCCACUUUAUGGACACCCACUUAGUACAGACACCUCAUUAUAACAGACGGGUUUCUUUGUCCCUGGGGAAACUCCAUACAUUUUCUCUAAAAAUUCAACUGGCUUAAUACCAACACCCAUUAAUGUGGACAACAGACAAUUGUUCCUUGGCCAAUGAACAGAUUCAUAUAGAAAGUUAACCCUGUUAAUAAUGGGGACAAUUCAUUAACAACUCCAUGUUGUAACAAACCUUUCAUUCUUGAAUGUAACUAAAUCUUCUGUUGACAGCAUGUCAGUGUUCCCAGCGCUUCAGUAAAUUGAAUGCGAUGAUUUGAAGACGUCAAUUUCAGGCUAUUAUCAGGCAUCAAACUAAUUAUGCAGAGAAGGGUUUUGUAGUAUAUAGAUGAGCAAUUGUUUGAGUGUUUCCUUGGAUCUAGUCCAUGGAAUGACAACUUAAUUGUGAAAUUCAGAGAUGUUUUAUUUUUAAGGUUAUGUCCUCCAACCCCUCUACUAUUUUCUUGAGUAUUUUUUUUAGUAAUAGAAGGUGUUUUUGAUUUAAUAACAUGAACCCACUAAUACAGACACCCAGUUUACACGACACUUCCUAUAGCCCCUUCAGCGUCCGUAUUAUUAAUAGGGUUUGACUUUAUAAAUGGUAGUGAUUAUUAAACAUGUCAUGUUAGUGAUUAAACAUGUUCUGAUCUUUACAGGGGGGAUCACUUUGGGAAAAUUUGACCAAUAGUGGUGAUGUUGAAAAGAUUUUCUCCAAGAUCCUCUCUCUUGUAAAGACUGCACAAGGUAUGUUUAAGGUAUCCCAGAAAAUAAGGGAAUUCUUCAAAGACCAGGGAACUAAAUAGGAGCCUCCUCAGGGGUACAUAGUGCUCAAGGCAGUAGGGGCCUGAACAGGGGCCACCCAAGGAAACAACAAAGAGAGGCAGGAAAAUGGCGUAGUACAGAAGCAUUAGACUUGAGAGGGAGUACUUAAUGAGGGAAUUCCAGUGGGUACAGCACAGUGAGGCAGGAAAAAACUGAAGCUCAGUGUAGGCCAAAAACUAGGGGAUGGGCUGGUAAAUCUCACAAAUUCGAGCAUCUCUUAGGUUGUUUACCAUUACACGGGCAAAUGGGCAAAAACUGUUCAGAGUGAUGUAAUGGUUUUCUUCUAUUUCCGUUUUUCUCUUUACUAGUGUUAGUAUUAGUCUGUGAACUGUGUACUUUCCAACCGUAUUUUCACAAGACAUUUUGUAAAUGGUAAACAACCUUGGUUGGAUUUAAUGCCUCACAUUUGUCAUGGGGUAAUUCCGGGAUGGAUCUAACUAAAGAGAGCCCCUGUGAAAGUUAAUAUUAAAACCAGUUCAAUAUAUAUUAUGGGACAUAUAAGUUAAUAACAAUUAACCUGUUUUUGUCUUCUACAUUUCAGAUUCCUCUUCUGAUAUUCUUGAACUUCUUAUGAAUGAUCAUCAAGCAUCGGGGAAAAUAGAAGUAUAUUUUUAAUUUUUUUUUUACUUGUUCUUUUUAACUUCUUUUUAAUGUCUCCCAUGUCAGUUGUUUUUAUCUUUAUUCACACGCACAAUAAAUUAUUAUCGUACUGCUUCUCUCUUCAUCUUGCAGGAAAUUCCUGCAGACUUGGCUUCAUUCUUGAGGAUUUGUUUGACUUCUGAUGCCACAAAACGGUAAGGACUGGAGUUCAGAUUGUUAUCCUUUUAUUUCUGAAAUAAUGAAUAUAUGAAUUUCAAUGACUGUAAAGAUGAUCAGCGCAGUUGAAGAAGAAUCCCAGCAAGCCUGAAUUUAAUGUUCAGGCUCUCUUUUCACAGCUGUGUAGUUGUGUCUUCAACUGGGAUAAUAAUAUUUACAUUUAUUCCUUUUAAUUUUGUUACUGAUUGCAAUGGAUUUGCUUCUUUCUCAGCCCUACUCCAAUAGAAUUACUACAGCAUGAGACCUUUUGUGGUUUCAACAAAGGAAAGGUAAAUAUUCAUUAGUAAUUUUAAAGUAUGCAAUAAUAUAUUUUUUGUUCUAUGUUUAUCACUGAAUAGUAUUUAAAGGUGCAUAUUAUGUUACAGGUCAAAAUUAAAUCCAGGUUAAAAUUUUUUAACCUAGGUUGAUUCUCAAUUUCCUUUGUCUCCUAGCCUUAGUUAUUCACAACCUGAAUUUAAUCUUGACCUGUAACCUGUACACCAUUGUCUUAACACUACCUAACAUAGGGUACGCUUUGUUCAUAAUUCACUAUACUUUAUUUUGUUGGGCAGAUAAAACUUUCUAGUGGCUCCCAGAAAUUCCCUCCUGUGUUUAACAUUCAAGAUAUAGAAGUUGGCGAUUACCUAAACAUUGAUUUUACCCCAGGUAGGUAACUUAUCUGAGUGAGCACAAAUAUCUGAACAUUCCACUCACCGAUAUAGAUUUGUGCCUGAAUGUUUUAUUGUUCGUACUUUGCUUACUAGUUCCCAGAUUUACUGAAUGACUACAAACCACUUUUUUACCAUAGCAUCAAUUAACUCAUUAUAUGCAUCAUUCUUUCAUCAUCUUUACAGAUGGCGACGAAGAAGAUGAUCUUCUAUCUGAAAGGUUUACCAAAUCAUGUUUCAGUUUUAUAUUAAUUAGAUAAAAUGAUUUGAAAGCCCUUGCUGUCCCUAAGUGACUGGACUGGUUAUCCAAUUCAAUGUAGCUUUUUUUUACUGCAAAAUAAAGUUAUUUCAAAUAAAAAUUGAGAAUAUUAAGCGAUUUAGACCUCAAAGGUUACAGUCAUAACUUAACAUAAACUCACUCAAAAGAUGGUGUUAAGUUAAAAUCAGAGUGGGUUUAUCUUUAAAAUAAAUAGAGCUAGUUCAGCUGAAUGUUACUACCCUAUUGUAGACUGAACUCCCCAAAUCCCCCUAUCCUAGAGUAGCUGUUUUCCAGAAAUUACUGAGGUCACUAGCACAGUCCAGCCAAGCCAACACCCAUUUGAUUUUUUUUUUAUCUUUGAGUGGCAAUUCCCGGUUUUUCUAGUUUAGACUUAUUCAAGACCCUAAACUGUCCGAUUUAUAUACCCUAUUCCAGAGUAAACUGCUUGAAAACCAUACCCUUCACAGCAACCCGUACCUAUAUAACCCAUAUAUGGCAGCAACCCCCCCUUCCGACCCCCGGGGUAUUUUCUCGUUUUCUUCCUGGCCAUCCUAUGUAACGCAAUCCAGUUCCAGACUCAAGGAAAUUUUUGCCUGUGGAAUCUGGGAUCGGGGAAAUCAUUUCUUGUGCAAUCUGGAAUCCUGGACUUUGGUAUCCAGAAUCCAGCUCAAGGAAACCGAAAUUCAUAGCGUAGAAUCCACCCAGCUGUUCAAAAGGUGGAUAGUGCUAUUCACUGGAUAAAUCACUAGUCACUGAAUAGCACAGUUGGUCUUCCUAACACUUAUCCACUGGAUAGUUAUUUAUCUGUUGGAUAGCACUAUCGAACGUUUGAACAACAGGGUCAAGAAUCCAAGACUCCCUUAAUUGGGAGCAGUACAGCAAGCGAAAUACGCGAGCACGCUUGAAAGUCGCUGCCCUUGAGGGAGGUGGAUCGCGGAGGAAAAAUAAAAUUUUCGCAGGUGGCAGUUACUCGGCUGUGUGUUGUGAACCCUGUGCACUUGGAUGGGAUUCCUGUUCUUUUGAUGUUUUUUCUGUCACUCUCUCCAGGCCCCUGCAGGAGGUCUAUCAUCUGUGGACACUGGCCGGUGGAGAUAUGGAAGGAGAAUUAAAGAAACGUGGACUCAUCAAAACGAAACCACCGAUCAUGACCCUUCCAAUGUAUGUAUCAUGUUGGUUUUGCUCUUAGAAAUGUUUUCGUGGUAGGCAAAUUUGAUAAUAACUUACAGAAUAUUUAAAUAAGGUUCUGUGACCUUUGUCAAAAAUUAAACAGUGUCCUCAUUUUUCGUGCAACUCACAGAUGCUUAGUCAUUUAGCCACGGACUCGUUAUGCUUUAGACAUUUUUGCCUGGCAGUGUGAAAAUCGGAAAUUUAAUCGCCGUCGUUUGAUCGCCGUCCGUCAUUCCCAGUACAGUAUUUUGGCCGCGAAGCGCCACCAAAUCCUUCUCUUAAACUUCACCUCGGCGAUUAUUCAGACUCGCUCAAUUUAUCAACUAUAGGCGAACUUUCCUUUAGUCAAAUAACUUGCAGCCAACAAGUUUAGAAAGAGAAAGAAAAAUUCUUCUUCUUGCCUUUUAAUCAUCAGAGAAAAAAGAAAUGAACGUUAAAGAGCAAAGCAAGUGCAGAGUUGUUGUUUUGCUUAUUUAAAAACCUAUGACAUUUUCGUUACCUUCGCGUUCAUCGCUGCUUAAAGGGAGCUUUUUCAACCCGGACGACGACGGCGACGGCGACGGCAGUGAAGGACCGUAUCCAACUUUAGAAAAGAAAACGAAAAUUGAUGUCGUUUGUUUUUGUCGUCCAUAAAACAUGAAAUUAGGAAAUUUCAUGUCGUAACAGUACAGUGAUAGCAAAGAGAUGCCGUACAAAAAGUGCGAUGCACGAACAGAGUUGAAACCAAUAUUUUGCCUUUUUUACAUUCUCUGCACUUUUAGUAUCCUCCUGCAAAAUGGCGAGGAGAUUGGAAUGAAGAAAGACCGUCUGUUCUUGUUAGAUGAAACAGUGGUUCCAGCUUCACUUACUCAGCUAAGAGAGGUAACAUCAACUACACAGAUCGUCGUUUUCCACUUUAAAAUUUUCACCUUUUCGCUAGUAAAAGAAUAUCUACUUAGUUUCAAGUUUCAACUUGUUUCCUUGAGUAUUUAAAAGAUGACAAUCUGAAUAGAAUGUGGGGUAUCCAUUCUAGUCACAGAAAAAAAAACUACAAUCCGACAACCUCAAGACGGCCAGUAGGCGGGCCAUUUUCUUAAACUGACUCCUUACAAUGCCCCUGGAGAGACUACUCAUGUUCCUGACUUUGUUACUGCUUGACUAUUCAAUUCUGCGGGAUGAUUCACUGUAUGUAUUUUCCUUAAUCUUUGAAUCUUAUUUUUAAUUUGUUGCCUUUUUGUUUUUCAGAGAUUAAAAAACGUGGAUCCAUCUGCGUAUUUUCCACUUAUUGAAGAAGAAGAGUAGGUUGUCUUUACUAAAUUCUCUGUCUCUUUCAGUUUUUAAUUUCAAGAUUUCACGAAAGUUCUAGUGAAAUGCGUGACUAUCCAACUUAAACUUUACAGAAAACAAGCAAUAGCUGUGUCUGGACAUUACCAUCACUGAUAGUCUUGUAUUAUCGUUAUCAUUAUUUAUUUCAUUUUAUUUAUUUAUCUUAAUUUUUACUUUUAUUUUUGUUUUGUCAGUCCAUCGUCUAGAUAUGCUCUGCUAGACACAGCUGAUCUUCCUCUGACAAUCCGAGAGACAACAGUUGACUACCAGGUAAAUUUUUGACCGGAUGCACAACCGUUUUAUCACUAGCCUACACUUUUAACACUGAGAAUGUUUCAUUGGCUUAAACAAAGUGUUUGCAUUUUUAGUUUCACAGAAUCGUACUUUUUCAAAGACUGCUAGACGUAAGUAUUAAACAGAAUAUCAUAUACAUCUCAUGUCGGUAGGAACUCAAUGCUUUAUUUAACCAUUGAAAGGGUCUCACUUUUAAUUGAAGAGAAGUUUCAACUCAUUCCGUAAAGGUUACAGUUUUGUAAACAGAAAGACCUUCAAUUAGCUCGCGCGUAUGACCUCCAGCCGAACUUAGUUUUGUAGAUCGGUAGGUCUAGCUGUUGGGAACUUCUUGUCACCUACCGCCUGAUUACCCUCCCUCUCAAUAUACAAUUUGAACAUUGGUAGUCUGCGCGCAAGCCCUCUGGGGAAUCUCUAGGGGCGGGAGACUGACUCACCCGUCCCCAGAGCUCCUCAGAGAGCUUGCUCGCAGGUUAGCUCGCAGGCGAGAACGUGGGUAGCUUGAGGCCUGGGAUGGUGUCCCUUAUAUUAAUAUACAAUUCGGUCGUGAUUGAACUUUCUUGAGCCACUAGCUAUGCGAGUAGUGAAAUUCUCAAAAACUACAGUAUUUAAUACUUAUAGGGUUAUCCGUACACAAGAGACCGCAUUGUGAGAGAGGCAAGGAUAGACAUCCCUCCAUUACUCAGAGGAAAGAUCUGGGCAGCGCUGUUGGGAGUGAAGGUAGGAGCAGCGCAGGCCGCUUAUGAUAAUUUUGCGCUCCUUGAUUUCGCGAUGUUUGCCUUUUUAACUGAAUCGCGUCAUUGAAAAGUAGACGGCGAGAAAAUUAGGCACGCGAGAUUUCAUUUAUAACACCAUACAGUGUAAGAAACAAUUAUUAUAUUUGAAAGUUAGGUAGCUUAACUGGUUUGUAGCUCAGGGCCGAGUUGUUCAAAGCUGGGUCAAGAUAACCCAAGGUUAGUGCGAGAUUUGAAUUAAGAUUUUAAAGUUUAAAAAGCAUUUCACUUUUAAUUCUUGUUGUCUACAAGUUGAUGAUUGAAAGCUCUUAAAAUAACAGUGAAAAUUAUCCGAGAAUAUGCUUUUGAACACAAGGAAAGGAAACCAGGGUUAAAUGUAACCCCGGGUUAAGGUCUAAUCGGCCUUCGAACAACUGGGCCCCGCGGUACUUUAAGUAUCCAGUUCACAGAGUGUCUGGAGCUUACAAUGGUAUUCUAUUUUGACUGGUGUUUCUUGUCUUUUUAAAGUUUUUUUCCUCUCAAAACUGGAUGUCUUCUUUUUUUGUUCAGUUUGUAUGAUUUGUAAAAAUUUUCUUUAUGCGAAACAAGGCCGGCAGGUCAAGGGUUAGGAGAUUAGCAUAAUGGUAAAUCUGUGACAUUAAAACACACCCUUUUGGUCUCAUUCCCAGAAUUUUAGAACCUUGCGCAUGUUUUCUGAUACUUGUCUCACUAGUCUCACUGUUGUGCCGUUAUUUUUCAUCAGGGUGAUAUUCAAAGCACUUACGAUGCCAUAGAUAAAGAAUCCUUUACUCAAACAGACAGACAGGUGAGGAGCAACUUCCAUCGAUUUAUUCAUUGCUAUUGUUUUCACUUGUGGAGGAGUUCCAAAAUGGGGAAAUUGACUGACGAAAAGAACGGUUAUACGACGCCUUUGUUUUCUAAUAACCAACGUUCUGCUGGCUCUUCUUUUUUUAAGAUUGAGGUGGAUAUUCCUCGUUGUCAUCAGUAUGACGCCCUUCUGUCGUCUCCUACUGCUCAUUACAAGUUUAAGCGGGUUCUCAAGGCUUGGGUCGUGUCACACACCAACUUAGUUUACUGGCAAGGUAAUUUAUGCUCUUGUUUCUAAAGCACCAUAGAAAAGGAAUGGAAAUGUGGAGUUAUAAUAAUAUAAAUGAUGAUAUUAUCUCCAUAACCAUAGUUAUUAUCCGUGUUAAUUUCGUUGAUUUUCUCAUUCAUCAUCAUCAUCAUCAUCAUAUCAUCACCAUCAUCAUCAUCAUCAUCAUCAUCAUCAUCACUGACAGCGUCAUCGUCAUUAUCUUGUCAUUAUCAUCGUCGUCGUCGCUAACCUGAGAUCAGGCUCUAUUUCGUUUCGCUUUGUAAAUAGCAUUCCGGCGGGCGAGGCGAAACGAAAUUUUUAGCGGUAGCCGUUAGAGAGAAUGUAUCAGAACCGCUAAAAUUGGGCCUGAUCUCAGGUUACGUCGUCGCCAUCAUUAUCGCCAUUUUCAUCAUCAUCUUUAUUUUUGUUGUCUUCUUGCUCAUCACCAUCAUUACAAACACCAUCAUCAUCAUCAUUAUCCUGCGAGCAGGGGGUGUAUAAAACAAACCAACUAUGCGACUUACUAGCGACGCGAACGACUUCGUGAACGCUAAAAAAAAGCCGUGCAAGAGGGAAAUCUCUGUUCGCAGGGUACACCAUCUUUUCAGUCUUCAUUUUAUUCAUCAUCAGUAUCAUCCAUUGUCACUAUCGUAUUCAUCAUCGCCUUCAUCACUCUCACCCUCGUCGUCACUAUCAUGUUCAUUGCCAUUGUCAUUUUUAUUAUCCUCAUGGAAUUUGCAGAGGAUAUGUGUUAAAAGUUUUACAUCGCUAAAGGAAUUUUUUUUGCUUUAUUUUAGGUCUGGAUUCUCUUUGCGCUCCUUUUCUUUCGUUAAAUUUCAAUGAUGAAGGUGAGAACUACAACUUACGAUCAAAGGAAUGCACAGCCACAUCAUUUUAUGGAAAACCAAUGAAUCUUAUUCUUCCCUACAGCACUUGCUUACGCCUGUUUAGCGGCAUUUAUCCCCAAGUAUCUGCACAACUUCUUUCAAAAGGAUAAUUCGGCAAUCAUACAAGGUACGUUUUCGGUAUGUUUACAAUACAAUAUGUUUCUUUGUGUUCAAGGUGCACAGUUUCUGGCUUAGUUUAUUGUUUACCCGAAAAUAUUGCGCGCAAUUCUGAGGCCCAGUCGACGCGGCAGGCGGGGAGUAGGGGGUGGUGGGGGGUCGGUUUGAUGUUCGCGGUUGUGGUUUGAGUAAUAGUAUCCCUAUAAGCCGGGUAAUUCACAAACGUGGCCGCGGUCGCUUACAGUUUCAUUACAGAACUGAAGUUAAAGUUCAAACGGGGUUGUCGCGAUUGAAAGUGGUCAUAGGGAGGGGGUGAACUAUAGUAUGCGUCUUUGUUAUAAUCACUGUACGCUUAUUGUUGUCUUAAUAUUUCCAAAUACAGAAUAUUUAGCGGUGUUUUCUCAGUUGAUCGCUUUUCAUGAUCCUGAAUUGUUUAAUCACCUCCACGAAACUGGAUUUAUUCCUGAGGUACGUUGUCCUUUUCAAUUCUUCAACUUGAGGUGUACCCUAGGUACCAGAGAUUUUUUCUCGCGGGCGGCGGGAUGCUUCGGUGUCGGCCGCAGGCCGACUCAUCUUCGGCCGAAGGCCGACGACACGCGGGUCACUCUUGAGAUUUAAAUGAAACCGGAAACCGCGCAUGAAAAGUCUCUGGCUCCCAGGGUACUCGGAGUGUUUUCACUUUUGUCAUUAUUAACGGCAGUUGGAUGCUGUUGUAAUACCCUGCUGUUAAUUUUUGCAUCAUGUUGUUGCUUCAACAGUUGUAUGCAAUUCCUUGGUUCCUGACGAUGUUCUGUCGUAAGUAUAUUUAUGUCAUGAUCAAAUUAAUCGACUUUGUCUUGUUGCUUUAAUUCAUUUUACUCCUUUUCAAAGUUUCUGGUAAAUUGGAAAUUCUGUUUGUACCAUGGUAAGUACCCUAACCCUGAUCGUACCUAUGAGUUAUUUGUUUUCAGAGCUUAAUAAAGACCGGUCGUUUCACCAACAGGUUGUUUCGCCAACAUCGUGUCAGCCAACCGCUUAAGUCGUCUUACGGUAACGUCCUGUCCGCCAACGUCUUAAGUCGUUUCGCUAACGUGUUAGGUCAAACAAGACUUGGUGCUUGAUUUGCACAAAAUGUUCAGACAGCACCGAAUACGUUAGCGAAACGAAUUUUAAGACGUUGGCGAAAAGGACGUUAACGAAACGAAUCGUUGGCGAAACGUCGGUAAACCAAAAUUAGUGUAAGUAACAGCGAUCCUCGUCCUCUCACCGAAAAGAAGGUUCAAAAGUCUUACGAAAACACUUACCCGGUUUUUUCUUUUUUUUUUUGGUAAUUUAUGUUUCUUUUGGUCCUUUCAUCUACAGAGCAAUGGGUAGUUCAGGACCAGGUUUUUCAAAGCACGGUUAAGUUAACCCAGGUUUGGUGCGAAAUUUGACUUCAGAUAUGAAAGCUUGAAAAGCAAAUUCAGUUUUAUUCUUUUUGCCUACAAUUUGAUGAUUGGAUGCUCUAUAAAGAAGAGAGAAAAUUAUUCGAGAAAAUGAUUUUGAACAAAGGAAAAAGAAGCCCGGGUUAGAAUUUAGCCCUGGGUUAGCGCUAAUCGGCCUUCGAACAAAUGGGCUCAGAAGGUUAGCACCAAGGUAAAGAAAUUCUCCGCAUUUUUCUUUUCCUUUGCAGACGUGUUUCCUCUGAAGAAGAUUUAUCACUUAUGGGACACACUGUUGCUAGGCAACCCAUCUUACCCACUGUGCAUUGGGGUCGCCAUACUGGAACAGUUGCGAGAUCAGCUUCUGUCAUUUGGAUUCAAUGAAUGCAUUUUACUCUUCUCAGAUAUGCCUGGUAGGGUAGCAGUGUAGUUUCCCCUAUUUUAUUUGCCGUGGGAUUUUCUAACAUAAGAAGUGAAAGCUACAGGGCUGGUAGAUACAGCGAAAAAUAUUUCAAGAGCUGAGGUUUAAGUCGUGUUCUAUUGGGGUCGACCGUUUGAACAACACUGGUUUUGGCUGAUUUAGUUAAAGUUCCCAAAAGAAAACUUUUCCAACCGUUUUUGGUUGAGAUCGUGCGUGGUUGUGACGGGGUAUUGUCAUUUCCAGACUUCCUCGACUGCCAGCGUUGUUUGUUGACAAGCAUUCGCGAAAGUCGCGAAAAAAUGACGCAAUACCUGAAAGUCAAUGCCUGUUGCUAUUUGUCCAAGAUAAAAAAACCUUAUUUAAGUCCACGAAAUGAAAGCCCUUUUGCUAUUUUUGUUUUGAUUAGCGAGAAAAAGGCUGCGGCUGCAUUUACUGUCCAUUCCGGAGCACUGUUCAAAGGUACACCUUCUGAACGAGACCAGCCCUGAAAAGUAGUUUAAAAAAAACUUGAAAAAAUUACUUAACAGUGACUUAUUUUUCGAGGCUGGGCGCUUAUUACAACAACAAAACAAUAAAUGCUAAUCGAUGAUAGAAUUUUUUUUUUAUUCAAAGUUUGUAGGGGUGAUGAUUAUUUGAGUUUGAUGGGAGGAGGGUUGUUCGAGGCUGGGCGCUUAAACCAAGAAGAGGUCUUCUUAUUCGAAUAAAUACGGUAUUUUAACAACAAUCGAUGAUAGAAUUUUUUUUCUUUCAAUUUGUAGUUGUUGAUAUGGAGCGGGUUGUUCGUGAAGCCAAGAAGAUCUUCUGUAACACGCCUCGCUCGGCCUCCAUGAGGCGACAUGACAGACAGUAUGCAGAUCCUAAAGCAAAACAUGUAAGACAACAAUAUAUUGACAGAGCAGGCAAGAUUAUUGAAAAGUUAAGGCCUGUUUAAGUAAGUUUGGUCGCGGCUCUCCUGUAGCUAGAAACCAGUUGCAGUCCAUGCGCGAGUGCUUCAAAGCAAACAAUGCAGAAUAUUGUAAUGGUAACACACCAAGAGAGAAAAAUGUCCUAAUAUUCUUUCUGUACAACACUGAAUAAAAGUUUGGGAACCUUUCUGGAAACCAACUUUCGAUUAAUUUCAAGCGUUUAACUGGUCUAAAAAUAACUUAGGUAAAAUUCACAUAUCCUAAGGGCUUCACUCUCUGCCCCAUUGUUCUUCUCUUUUGAGUCUACAUAUAUGGUCGUAGCGGGAGAGAACGCGAGAAGAAGUGGGUGGGGGGGGAUUGGGAGAUUAAGGAGAGGAAUUACUCCCCCUCUCUCUUCUUUUGUUCUCAUUCUUCUCCCUCCCAUUCGCACUCACUCUGUAAAACCCUUUUCAUGAACACGGCGAAGGGAAGCUUCCCUCUCCAAAUUUUUAGGUAUACGGACUUAAACAAUAUUACUACCUUGAUUUAUGACAGUUAUAGGGACACUUAAUCAUGAAAAAAUAGUCAUUUACUCAAAACAAGGUAAAAAUGUUACAUUAAUACUUUUUCUAGGCAACUGACAGAGACGUUUUUCUAAUGAUUCUGUUUAAGGAAAAGGAGUUUAUCCCGUUACCGCAGCUCAAGACAGAAAUCUGUCCUCGCAUUUCCACGCAAGACUUGUUACAUGUCUGUGAACUAACAAAUGGUAACGCAGGACCCAAAGGACAAAAGAAAACCAAACCUCGCGGGCUUGUGAUGGAUGUGAGGCUAUCAGACGAGUAUCCUUUCAUACGCUCACCUUUUACAACUGUUGGUAAUACGACUACUAGAUUUGAUUGAAAGUUUUUUCGCGUAUAGUCAAAAAUAGACACACCGGAAUUCUCCAUUGUACUUUUUUCACCAGAAAAGUUAGCAAUGUUAUCGGUUUUGAAGGAGGUUAAGACCUCUCUCGAUUGCAAAAUGCUAAAACUUUUAACAUUUGGUGAUUUGUUCUCACCACUACGACAUUCUCGCUAAAACUCGUAGUAGAAUGACGACGGCUAUCACGUUUUCCCGCCAAAAUGGCGUUGGUUCACGAAAGAGUACUACUUAGUAUUGAAAAAAUGUCGUACUCGUAGUCGAUCUCGUCUUAAAACCUAAAACUCUCUAACGCAAAACUGGUUGCGAAUUUCAGUAUUGUUUCAGUUUCCCUUGUUGGAGCUUUUCGUUGCAAUUUUAAACAAAGGGCUUGCAUUCACUGAACAUUUUUUCCUUUCAUUGUAAUUACUGUGAAUUGGAGCUUCUCACCGAAUCUAUACGUCAUCGCAGCGGCCAAAUGCGUUUCCAUUGAAAUGUUUUAUCGCUAGAAAAAUUAUGAAUGGCUCUAGCUAUUUCGUUAAACUGAGCUUUUUGUGCUGAUUCUGGGAUGAAAAGAAGGAAGGUGUUCCUCCUGAAUUUCAAGUCAUUUUUAUUUUUUGUUUUCUUUUGUUUUGUUUCUUUCCGUUGUCGUUGGUUUUUUUUCGCAUACUCGGAAUCCUUUCAGGAUUAUCUUGCAUUGUAAUUGCACCACAAGCGUCUCGUUAUUAAGUAUCUCAACUCAUACGCAAUAUUGUAAUAUUUCUAAGGAUUUUAUCCUUACCAUUAUAUUCCUUGAUUCAUUUGUUCAAUGGAAAGGUUCUCAUGUGGCCAGGUAGCUGACAGUGUAAACAUCCCUUACAACCAAGCUUUCCUUGAAGAAGGUGGAUUGGCGCCCUCAAACGCUGCCAAUGUUGUAAACAGCUUCAAAGGAAGAGUUAUUGUUGUUGUAGGAAAUCGUGCAAACUAUCCAGCCAAGGUUUGUCUGUCAUCAUGGGUUAAUUCGCUUCGCAAAACAAAAACUUUGCAAGUGCAGUACGGUUUUUGGUACAUUUCUUUGCCAUCACUGCACAACUACGACGUGAAAAUGCCUAAUCUGCGAUUUUCACGUUCCCCACAAUGCAAUUUGUUUUCCCCACAAAAUUUUGCAUAAGAACUGUUUUCAAUUUCUCUUGGGACUGGGUCUAAUGAUCGUCCCUUGAAAAAUUGAAAACAAUUCUUAUUAAGCAAAAUUUUGUGGGGAAAACAAAUUGCAUUAUGGGGAACGUGAAAGCCGCAGAUUGCACGUUUUGUGUUGGACAUGAACACAAGACAACGACUUUCUUUUCCUUUUCCCGAACUUUUAAACAGACUUUUAGAAUUCGACUCCAGAAAAAUUCGCCAACAUUUGACGAAUUGAAUGAGAUGGAAUAAGCGCGAAAAAGUUUGAAGCAGCGCGAUUACAUUUUUUAAGUGACGUUUUCGUAGCCGUGGCCGUCGUUGUUGCUUAAAUUCCCUAUUAGCUGACCGAUUCCAGAAAGAAUAGGCCAUUUUUGAGUUGCCUCAAGCCUCUGUUUCAAAGCGAGGCUAAGUGCGAAGCCAUUGACGUCAAAAUAGAGAGGUUAGAGGGACUAAGAUUCACGUUUACGCCAAACGGCAAACGUCAGAUUCAAGUUGAGAAUUUCUCAGAAUAGAAAAUAAGCAGAUAAAAACUGUCCAGAAGUAUUCUUAUGUAUAAAACUGGAGUGAAACUACUUAUUUUUUUAGUUGAAGUAAUAAACAGUUAACAACAAUUAAGGGGAAAACUUUGCCACGUGGUGCAAAUUCACGUAUGCCGUUUAGCGUAAACGUGAAUCUUAAUCUCUCUGUUAACGUGAUCAAGUUUCCCCUUUACCUGUCGUUUAGUGUUCAUUAUUUCUACACAUAAAUUAGUAGUUUCACGUAAUAUUGUAUCCGUAAGAAUUGUUGUGAGCUGUUUUUAUCCUCUAAUUUUCUAUUUUGAGAAAUUCUAAAAUUGAAUGUGACGUUUGCCGUUUGCCGUUUGCCGUAUACGUGAAGGUUAAACCCUCUAAUGAUUUUUAUUCUCAUUCAAAUAAAACUCAAUUUCAGGCAAGAAAAGUUUUGCACUGCGUCUCGUUUCGAGAGUGAGAGUUUUUGGAACAUUGCGGGACACUUCUCGGCUCCAGGUUCCUUCUUGUUUCUAAAGUGGCCAAUUUUUGCUUUUGUUCAGAUAUCUGUGGGCGUAAACCCAAAAUAUAUUGGGGUAUUUGUGCAGAAAACUAAACUUUGUAUCAUAAGUGUGGAAAUUCUCCCUAUUUUUUUCAUUCUUAUGCUUGCAACACCAAUUCUGUUUCGGUUUUUUAAUAGUAUGCCUGGUUAAUUAACAUUAUAAAGUAUUCAUUUUUUGUGGCAGGUUGGAGCAGAACUUGUUAAGCUCGGAUUUCCCAAAGUCUGUGUGUUAGAAGAAACAGGACUUAGUACGCUGCGUACACAAGGAUACCUCACUGUUCCUACGUGAUAUUAGAAUCAGUAAGAGUGUCCCCAAUCAAAACUUUGUGCGAGAGCCUGGGAUUUUCGCUUCUGAACACUUGCUAUUGCUAAGCAAUAAUGACCAUGUUCCGUUAAAAACUAAUGGUGUUGAGGAA